CCAAAGUCCGCAACAAAAUCUCUCUUAAUUAUGAUCUUCCGUUCAAAGACGUCCUUGAUCAUCUUCUAGCAAAUAUUGAACGGCAGAUCCCAUCUCCCGCAUAUAAAAUUUCAAAAAUAAAGCACAAUGUACGGACUCGUCUUGUCUCAAUUAAAUAGACCCUCUGCUUCUCCGUCGCCACAAACUUCUCUCGCGCCACGCUGACCCUCAUCUCCUAAUUCCGAUGGCGGUGGAAACCUCUCUGCCUCCAGCGUCGCCGUCGGUCGACCCGAGGAGCGGCUUCUGCCACGAGACCAAGACCUUCCAUAGCCUCCGCCCGGCGGCGCCUCUUCCAGACGAAAACCUCCCCCUCUCCGCCGUCGCCUACACCCUUUCCUUCCUCCCUUCCCCCCUCCCCUCCAACUCCGCCCUCAUCGACGCCGGCACUGGCGCCGCCAUCUCGUACCCGGAGUUCGUCUCCCGUGUCCGGACCCUCGCCGCCUCCCUCCGCUCGCGUGCGGGCCUUUCCAAGGGCGACGUCGCCUUCGUCCUCUCCCCCACCCGCCUCGACGUCCCCCUACUCUACUUCGCCCUCCUCUCCCUCGGCGUCGUCGUCUCUCCGGCGAACCCCCUCAGCACCGCCGCCGAGAUCUCCCACCAGAUCCGCCUCUCCAAGCCCUCAGUCGCCUUCGCCACCGCAGCCACCGCCGACAAGCUCCCCAGCGACUUACCGAUCAUCCUCCUCGACUCCCCUCGCUUCCGAUCCUUCCUCUCCACCGCGGCCCUGGCGGCGGCGCCGCCGCCGGCGGAGGUCUCGCAGUCGGACACGGCGGUGAUCCUCUACUCGUCGGGGACGACGGGGCGGGUGAAGGGGGUGGUUCUGACCCACCGAAACUUCGUCGCCCUGAUCGCGGGGUUCCAUGCCGCCCGGGAGGCGGCGGAGGCGCCGACGGAGGGACCGUCGGUGGCGCUAUUCACGAUCCCGCUGUUCCACGUGUUCGGUUUCUUCAUGGCGCUCCGGACGGUGGCACUGGGGGAGACGACGGUGAUGAUGGAGCGGUUCGAGUUCGGGGCCAUGCUCCGAGCAGUGGAACGGCACCGGGUGACCUACAUCCCGGUGUCGCCGCCUCUGGUGGUGGCGAUGGCCAAGUCCGACGAGGUCGACCGCUACGACCUCUCCUCGCUCCGCCUUGUGGCGUGCGGUGGCGCGCCGCUUGGCCGGGAGGUGGCGGAGCGUUUCACGGCGCGCUUCCCCAACAUCGAGGUCGUCCAGGGGUACGGUUUGACGGAGUCGACGGGAGGGGCGUCGGCGACGAUGGGGUCGGAAGAGUCACAGAAGUAUGGGUCGGCGGGGCGACUAAGCGCAUGUUUGGAGGCGAAGAUAGUGGACCCCACCACGGGGGAGGCCCUGCCUCCCGGACGGCGAGGGGAGCUCUGGCUCCGAGGGCCUAUCAUCAUGAAAGGUUACAUAGGUGAUGCUGAGGCAACUGCAUCUACCUUGGAUUCAGAAGGUUGGUUAAAGACAGGUGAUCUUUGCUACUUUGACCAGGAUGGCUUUAUCUUUGUCGUGGAUAGAUUAAAAGAGUUGAUUAAGUACAAGGCAUACCAGGUCCCCCCUGCUGAAUUGGAGCAUCUGCUUCAAUCCCAUCCUGAAAUUGCUGAUGCUGCUGUAAUUCCGCUCCCAGAUGAAGAAGCAGGACAGAUACCCAUGGCAUUCAUUGUUAGACAACCUGGAAGCUCUCUCACUGAGGAACAAGUAAUGAAUUUUGUUGCAAAACAGGUCCUUUGUGUGGGGUGCUCUACCUUAACAAUUGAUUUAUUUCCAGAACUGAAGUUUUUACAUGCAACAGCGCCCCCUUUCGGAAGUCUAAAAAAUAAUGUUGCACCAUACAAGAAAGUUCGCCGGGUUGCUUUUGUCAGCUCAAUACCAAAAUCAGCUGCUGGAAAGAUAUUGAGAAGGGAGCUCAUAAAUCAUGCUUCGACUAUUCCUGCAUCUAAGCUAUGAAUGCCGCAUCUUUGCUCUUCAAGGGAAGUAAACACGAAUGCUUUUUUAGAUGUUAUCAGUGACUUCCCCAGCUGCAGGACCAAGGGAAGCUGACACGCAAGGGCGUGCCUACUGGGGCAACCGGAGUCUAAUUUAAUGCCAUUAUUGCCAUUACCAUGUGGCUGAUAUUAAAAAAGAUUAUGACACUAAUUCUCUCCAAGUAUCGGUUGCUUUUCUCCAUGAAAUCAGAGGCGUUAUAUUUAUAUUGCAUGAAUGAGAUGCGAAGGAAAAGAAUUAAUUCCUGA